AUGCCUGGCUUUGCCCUUCAGGAUGAAGGUGCCUUCGCGGAAGACACGCUCAUAGAAUUAUCUAAUAUUUGCGCUCCCCCGUGCAAGCCAUACCACGAUUUACCGAAUCACAGCACUCUUCCUGCAGGGGUGAAGCUAGCCUAUACCCUUUAUGCGUUCGCUGUGAUGUGUAGAGAUAUUCGCGUCGGAAAUGGCAAGACGCCAUUUCUGGGUGGUAUUCAUCAUCGAAUUGCCUGCCAGGAUGAUCUGGAGAUCAGCCAUCUAGGUACCCGGGUGCGAUCCGGACGACAUCCUCUUGAUAUGAUUGAGCCGAUGAACAUGACCAAUAAUUUGGGGAAGGGUGUUCGCGUUGACUGGGAUUUCAGGCAGAAGAAAAUUUGCAAGGUCGAGAUGAAGCUUUGGACCUGCACAGCAGCAUAUUUGAUGAUCAGGAUGGAAAGGAACCUUUCCACAAUCCGCAAAAAUGCAGUCAGUGGAUGGCUUAUAGUAGUCUGA